AGUGUAUUUCUAUAAUUUUUUAGUAAUGUAUCUUAUUUAUCCCUUUUCCUUGCUGAUGUUUAUGCAACCCCUAUUGGCGGUUAUUCCUCAUGGAGUCACAGUUAAGGAACCCAAAUGCUGGUAUGUCGCAAAUCCAGGACCCUGUGAUAACUGGAUCAAAGUCUGGGGCUACGAUUACCUAACCAAUCGCUGUAUUUUCUUCUAUUAUGGGGGCUGUGGUGGUAAUCCGAAUCGGUUUUAUACAAAAGACGAGUGUCUGAGUACUUGUCGGGUACACAGACCCCCAAACCGGAAGAAAAGAGAGUAUGCUGUCGACGAGGAGGAAGAGGAGGAAGAACAGGAAGAAGAGGAAUUUGAGGAGGAUAUUGACAAUUGGGACAAAUGGGACGAUGCCCAUUCGGAGUUUUAAACUAACCCAUAAAUAGGGUAUUCAAAAGUCGGCCUUCCCGAUAACCAAUUGCCGACUAACGUUAACUUUUGAUUCGUUGUGCAAACGCAUAAUUUCAGUUUGAAAGAAAGAACUUCCCGUGGAGUUGCUUGUAAUGCGUUUUCUUUUAGCCUUCUACUACAUUUCUCUUUCCCUCUGCUACUAUUAUAUG